AUUCCCCUGGUCUUUCGCCAACUGUUGCCACGAGAGCGAACGUUUGAUCCGCAAAAGCUCCCCGAGUCCGAACGACAAUGGCGAAGCAGAGCGGCAAUGGCGCCUUCGAGGUCGCCAAGGUCUCCACCCUCAACUGCAUCGACCUCUCCUCCUCCGACGUCCGCCAGUCCGUCGCCCUCCUCAAGCAGGCGUGCUUGGAUUGUGGAUUCUUCUACGUGACGAACCACGGGAUGAGCCGCGAGUUCAUGGAGGAGGUCUUCGAGCAGAGCCGGCGGUUCUUCGAUCUGCCGGCGGCGGAGAAGAUGAAGCUCCUGAGGAACGAGAAGCACCGGGGCUACACUCCGCUGCUCGACGAGCUCCUGGAUCCUGGAAAUCAGCUCCACGUAGGAGAUUACAAAGAGGGGUAUUAUAUUGGUGUGGAAGUUCCCGAGGAUGAUCCUGAAGCACAAAAACCCUUUUACGGGCCGAAUGUUUGGCCUGCUUCUGAAAUAUUGCCUGGAUGGAGAGAAACUAUGGAGAAGUAUCACCAAAAGGCAUUGGAGGUAGCAAAGUCAGUGGCAAGGAUCAUAGCACUUGCACUUGAUCUGGAAGUUGAUUUCUUUGAUAAGCCAGAAAUGCUGGGCAAGCCUAUUGCCACAUUGCGUUUACUACACUAUGGAGGAGAAGUUUCUAAUCCCUCACAAGGAAUCUACGGAGCAGGAGCUCAUUCUGACUAUGGUUUAAUUACCCUAUUGGCAACAGAUGAUGUGUUAGGUCUACAAAUAUGCAGGGAUAAGGAUGCCAGUCCUCGUGUUUGGGAAUAUGUAGCACCAGUCAAAGGAGCUUUCACUGUAAAUCUUGGUGAUAUGCUGGAGCGGUGGAGCAACUGUAUCUUCAAGUCCACGUUGCACAGAGUACUAGGAAAUGGCCAGCAGAGAUAUUCCAUCGCGUAUUUUGUAGAACCUAGCCAUGAAUGUCUUGUGGAGUGCCUGCCAUCCUGCAAGUCAGACGAAAAUCCUCCCAAGUUUCCUCCUAUCAAAUGUGCGACUUACCUGAGCCAGCGCUACAGCGAUACUCAUACCGACCUUAAUACAUACAGAGCGGAACAGACUUGAGUGGACCUCGUCUGGUGGGCUUGGCAAUCAGCACCGGUUGAUCUAAAUAGGAUUAGUAUCAUUCAUUGUAUCAUAUAGGCGCCACGGCACGUAUCCCAUAAAAAUCUUGAUAUCCCUCCGCCGUUCAUUUUUUAUCUUUCUCAUGUAAUGAUGACUACUAUCCUGAUAAUUAUGGGGCAUCACUAAUA